CGACGAUACUGCAAUAGCGCUGAACUACCAUUUGCAAUACCGCGGAAUUGCAAAAAGUAGCAAAAUACAAAUUUGCGCGCCGCGCUAUCCUAGUCUCCCAUUGCUGCGUGUUGUUGAACACACCACUUUGAAUAAGCCAAUCAGAAGCUCUCUGGCGCUUCGCGGCAAUAGCGCGAUGCGCGAGCCGCGUUUAUUGUUGGAAGAGAAUACCGCGUAAUUGAGCAAAACGUUAACAAAUUGUAGUUAUAACAAAGCGCUGCGUGAAAAAUAUUGUUAAAAAGUGGUUAUUUGUGCAUGGAAAGUACCGAAUUAGUCGGUAUGGAUGAUGUCUUCCAACCCAGAAUCGAUCAAGGAUUUAGUCAAACGACGGGAGGAGUUGCUAAAGAAAAGGCAAUCAGUUUUAGCCAGACAAACACAACCAGGCACAAGCUUCAGCAAUGACACUGACAUUGUUCCUAAACCUUCGACCUCAGGUGCCAACCAGACAGUUUUACUUGAGUCCAUCACCACGACAACUUGCGAAGAUACUAUUAAACCAGAUUUUAGCGACUUUUCAUCUGACGAUUCAGUAGCUGACCCUGAUUUUGUGUUAACAAUUGAUGAACUUGUAGGUAACAUUCGUUCUCCGACAUUGCAGUCUCCUGUUAUGGAAUCGUCCCUUCUUCAUUUAGAAGAUAUCGAAAAUUUCCCUGAAAGAACUAUUGAAGAGGAGCACACGUCGACAAGAAAAAGAAAAGCAAUAGCAGACAAAGAUUCAUGGAAAAGAGAAAAUAAUAAAAGACAGAGAAUGAUGGGGAAGGAGUACUUAGGUUUUAGAAAGAUUGAUGGAAAGUAUGUGCAAGACAUCGCCAAACCGAACAGAAAGCUUAAUAUGAUGCGAUGUUCUUCUGAACGCUGUACUUCGAGUAAAGUUUUCUGUUGCAACAUUUUCACUGAAGAAAUGCGGAUGAAAAUAUUUGAUGAAUUUUGGGCGAUGACAUGGAAAGAAAAGAAGCUCUAUGUUUUGACCCUGAUUGACACCCAAGACACACAACGAAAGACUAAAGGUGCCGGCAGUAAUAGUAGACGCAGUGGGAGCAAGAUUUACCACUUAAAAGCUGCCAAUAGUAAAGUACGUGUGUGCCAAACUAUGUUUUUGGGCACGCUUGGAAUCAAGGAAUGGACUUGCAGAUAUUGGUUGGGCGAAAAAGGAAGUAGAGGGAGUUCUCAAGAAGUUUCAGCUCAGGCUGAUGGGCAGAAUGAUCAAAUAACAAAAAAACUCUCUGUUUUGUCUUUUUUACAAGAAAUCCCCAAACUUCCAUCGCAUUAUUGCAGGAAAUCGAGCCAAAAACUGUAUUUAGAACCCAUUAUUCAAUCCAAGGCCCAUCUUUACCGUUUAUAUGUAAAACGUGCAAAUUCUCUCUCCUCUCCUGUUGCAGGUCGAAAGUUUUUUGAAGAUUUGCUAUCUCAACAAAAUAUUUCCCUUUUCAAGCCAAAAAAGGACGAGUGUGAUACUUGUUGUGCACAUAAGGCUGGCAAUCUAAGUGACGAAGAGCACAAAAUACAUUUGGCUCUCAAAACAGCAGCUCGUCAAGAGAAGAAUAAAGACAAAGAGGCAGCGAUCAAAGGAGAAGUUCACGCCAUAACUGCUGACAUGCAAGCCGUAAUGUUGUGCCCAUACCUAAAUGCCAGUGCACUGUACUUCAAAACGAAGCUUGUGUGCAUAACUUUACAGUUUAUAAUUUGAGUAACCAUCAAGCAACGUGCUACUGGUUUGACGAAACCGUUAUAGAUUUGAGAGCCACCACGUAUGCUUCCUUCUUUGUUGCCUACAUCACGAACUUACUUGAAAAUGAUCCUAAAGAAGUGAUAAUUUACACAGAUGGUUGCACAGCUCAGAACCGUAAUAAUGUGGUUUCAAAUGCUCUCUUGCGGCUCGCCGUCAAAUAUAAUGUAACGAUCACCCAGAAGUUUUUAGAAAAGGGACACACUCAAAUGGAGGUAGACUCGGUGCAUUCCGUAAUUGAAAGAAAAUUAAAAAAUCGCGAGAUUCACCUGCCGAGUCAGUACGCGAUGAUAUCAAAAGAAGCCAGAAUAAAACCUUUUCCCUAUGAUGUGGUGAUGCCUGAUUAUACCUUCUUCAAGGAUUACAGCCGGAAAGACUAUCUCGUUUAUGAGUCUAUAAGACCAGUACGAGUUGCUGGUGACAAAUGUGUGACUAAUAUAAGGGUGCUAAGGUACAACACGAAUAGUACUAUUGAUUAUAAAUUGAUGUACUCAGAUGAAUACAUGCGUUUACCCCGGCGUGCGAAACCAAUAGAAUCCCUCUUAUCUGAACCUCCACAGCUACAUGAUGGUCCGCAAAAAAUUACUAAAGCAAAAUUUAAUCAUCUACAAGAGCUGAAAACUGUCAUACCGCCCGAUUGCCACGAGUUUUAUAAUAAUUUAAUUUUUGACGAUUAAAAUAAUUGUUUUGUACUUUU